UUCCAGCCGAGGAAUGUUGUGCAAGGGAUAGACAACUGCAAUCAUUCUGUGCCCUCUCAACAGCGUUAUGUUGGGGAUUCGGAGAUUGUUACAGCACAGCAGCUGCCAUAGAUCCCCCCCCAAAAAGAACUGCCUGAAAAAUGGACCUGUUUGCAACCCUAUACGUGACAAUUUGUACAUGCUUGAGGAUAUUGAAGAUGAAAGGAUGGAAAUGCCAAUGCAGCAGGAGCAGGAGGAACUCACAGCAGAAGAAAAGAGAAAGAUUGAACGGAAACUGAAGAAAGAGCGCAAAAAGAAAGAUAAACAGCUGCUAAGGGAAGCUGGUGUAUUAGUAGAAAAAGUGAAACCUCAGGAGCCAUCAGCAUCCGACCUUGCACUUGAAUAUCUGACAAGGUGGUCCAAGAAACACAAGGAUUGGAGAUUUCAGAAGACGAGGCAGACCUGGCUCUUAAAGCACAUGUAUGAUUGUCAUAAGAUCUCUGACAAGCAUUUCACUAUGUUGCUGAAGUAUUUAAAUGGGCUAAAGGGCAAUGCUCGAGAGGUAACCAUUCAGAAAGCUGAGGCUCUGAUGAAGGAAUUUGGAACUACAGAUGAUUGCACUGAAGACCGUUCUGCGAAAAUUGAGCGAAUACGGCAAGUCCUUCAGCUUUUGUCUUGAAGUUUUUCACAGGAUUCAUAUCAUUUUCUCCCUGCUCACAGCGCUGUUUAGCAGAGUUGCACAGAUCACAUUUACUCCAAUUUUUCUACCACUGACCUUGGUUUGAGUUCCUUGCUGAUGAUUAUUUUGUAAAAUUCCAUUUGUAAUUUGUGAUCAUAAUAAAAUGUGUAUUUUGUACAAAAUGCCCCAUGCGUAAAAUAAUACUUCACUGAAAUGGUGGAUAUGCAAAAAGAUAAUAAAAGUCAGGAGUGUCAAAAAGAUGAAGUGUAAUUAUGGUGAAAGAAACAGGACUCAAUUUUUUUUUGUUUCAUGCAACAAAUCAACAUGAUUGUGACAACUUUCUUCAAUUCCUGCUGGGCAUUUAACCGGAGCAGUGAAGGAUUAUAGACAGAAUCAAUGAGAAAUUAGGAGACGUUGGUAUAACAGAAUUAAUAUUUUGGGAACAAAGCUGCGUUUCUCUUUUGACAUUCAAUUAAGUCCAUAUAAGAAAGUUCCUGUGGUGUAAUGUGGCAGUAGUGGAAGAUACAAAUCUGAACAGCAAAACUUGCUUGAGACCCUUUUAAUAUUUUCCCAGUCUUCACCAUUUCCAUCAGCAGUGUGUAAACAGUUGCUACAUGUGUAGAGAGCUUGACUCUAUCCUGUCAGCAAGACACAA